AGUUCUCUUUAUCUCAGACAUAUACUCCUAUCCCCGUUUAUUGCUUUUCGUUCAUUUCGAUUGGAAACGUUGCAGUGGAACGACUGGAAGCUUUUUCAGACUUAUUGUCCCGCACGAUUGUAAACGGUAGGAAUAUAAUUUAAAAAACUCGAACAUGGACUUUUUCGUGGGAGGAAGCUCUGCUCGCGAUGGACAAGCGCGGCUGAACGCUAUGCGUGACACUUUGGAGCAGAUCAAGAUGAGUGCCAGUGGCACAUCCUUGAUGACGAUCAUAAAACUGCAGGGUAAGCGAGGGAGAGAGUUCGAUGCUGCCCGAUGUUCUGCUAGCGGCAUCCACGAUGCUCUAUUGGUCCUGAGAGAGUUCGACGAUGAAUUCAUCGAUAUUUAUGGAUCUCAUCCCCCCUACCCUCUCCAACCGCUGGCUAAAGUGAUUGAGACCUACGUCGAAAACACUGGAAAGAUUGAAGUCGAUGUCUUCAACCAACUGGAAGUACUAAGGGAUGACAUUGAGACUCGCAACAACACUUUACUCGGGGUUAUUAAUCAACAAAAGGAGAUUGAGAGAUUGCUCUUGGAAUUGAUCGAUGUCGCUAAAAAAGUCAUAAAGCCUUCGGUGAAGAGGCUGAAACGUAUAUUUGUUCACCCACAGCAGUGAGUUGAUGCGUAAAAGGCGAUACACUCAUUGCAUUCUAUUUCCUUUUUCAUCCAUAUUUGUGAAAAAAAAUGAAAAAUAAGAAUAUUCUUUUUAUAAUAAAAUUUUCUCUCAUUUCCUAA